UGCAGAAAACAGAAGAGCAAUAUUAGGAGGAAAUGACGAAACCACGGGAGUUUCGAACAGGCCAUGCAAAAAGACGGGAGUUCCGAUUAGGGUACGAAAAUGCGGGAUUCGGAAGGCACCAUUCCGAAUGAAGUGGGGCAAAGAUGAAAGGCUAUGAUUUGGAACUGCAUAUUCCGAAUGGAAGGGAAAGUGGAAUAUUGAAUUUUGACGAGUUCAAAGGAAGAAUUGGGAGUUGGGACCAGUCAAAAGCAAUAUGGGCUAAAAAAGAAAACAGAAGAGCAAUAUUAGAGCAGAAAAGGAAAACAGAAAGCACAAGUCAUGCCUUACUUGACUGAUGAUGUCGUUACAGAAAUACUCUCAAGAUUACCCGCCAAGACUCUCAUGCGAUUCAAAUGCGUCUCCAAAAGAUGGAAUUCUUUGAUCUCAGGCCCUGCAUUUGCCAACCUUCAACUGAGAAGAGCAAACAGAGACGGCAGCCGGCUCUUCCUCACGACAGCGCCGCCUCAAUCUCUGGACUACAACAAUGGUGCUUUUCGAAAGUUGAACUAUCCUGCUGCAAUGAUGAAAGGCGGCCCUUCUUCCGAUUUCAUACCCACCUGGAUCCUAGGUUCUUGUAAUGGGCUGAUCGGUUUCAGGGGAUCUUCUCUACGUUAUGGAUAUGCCGGCGAGUUCUUGUGGAAUCCGACCACCGGAGAUUAUAAGGAAUUGCCAGACGCCCCACACCUUCAAUGUUUGAUUCAUUGGCCGACUCUCUCCGGAGUAGGCUAUAAUGAUAGCAGGGAUGAUUAUGGAGUAUUGCAUGGUUUCACGAAGACCCAGAGUAAGGGGACAAGGAAAACGAUUCUUCAACUCUACACAUUAAAGACAGGAAGGUGGAGACAGAUUCAAGAUGAAGCUGCUCCAGAUUUAGUUUCCUAUCUUAAAGGAAGGUCUAUUUCUUGGAAUGGGGAUAUGUUUUGGUUGGGUUAUAAGCCAAAUGGUGUCCACUGUAUGGGUUCUUUUGAUCUCAAAGAGGAGAAAUUCAAAGAAAUCCAGCUGCCAUUACUGGGUGACAAAAGUUCUGGUAAAAUAAGUUUGGGAAUAUCAGGGAACUCAUUAUGUGUGUUUUGUAAAGGAAUGGAGAGCUGCUUUGAGGCUUGGGCAUUGAAGCUUGAUGCCAAUGGAGGAUCUUGUUGGAAUAGACUCUUUAGUUUCCCACUUGAUACAUUUUGGGGUCCUAGAGACACUCUUCUAUGCUUAACAAAGGAAGGAGAGAUACUUGUGGAUUCUAAAGAGAUUCUAAUGGAUUCUAAUGAAUUCAGAAUGUACAUUUACAAUCUCAAGGAUAGAAAAAUUAAAUAUUUAACAGUAGAUAAUCAUAUUGAUAAAUUCUCAAAGCCAGUAUUCUACAUUGAGAGUUUAGUUUCGCCAAAUAAUUAAAAAGAUGGUACACAUUAUAAUCAUUAAAUUAGUACUAAGUUAUAUUAUAUAUAUGAAGAGUGUUGCGAAA